CAAACUUCUAACGGGAGCCUUUUCAAAUUCACCGCACGGACAGGCGAGGGCAGCAUCCCGAGUUCAUGAGGAGGCGGUGAGGAGUCUUCAGCUCGCGGUGAAAUGGAAAGAUCGGCUUUCUGGGGCAGCUGCACUCAUAGGUGCCUGCUGGUGUUCACCUCCGUCCUCCUGCUGUGUGAGAUCGUGGUCGGCCGUCUCUGCAACUCCCUUAUUAACACAGUGGACAGUUUCCACACCCUCUAUGUCCUCAUGCACUUAACCCUGCACCCAUUGGAGACGCCGACAGGAGCUUCUGUGACCUCGAUUACAAACCCCUACACCUCCCCAGAUCCUGACGGACCGGUGCCACAGCAUCUUACGUCGACCGCUGAUGGCCCAGCACUAACUCCAGACUCAGCUUCAAGUACAACCCAGAACGAUCACACUGUCACUGGUUCCGCCACUGACAGUGCCGCCUCUGAGGAAGACCAGUACAGUACUCUGCGUCUGCAGCCCUUCGGAGCUGCAGUCUCAGCUCUCCUACUGGGCUCUCUUUGUGUCUCCAUCAGCCUUGAGAUCAUUACCCAUACACUGCAGCCCCAUGUCAUAAAGCGCCCUCUGCUGGCCACGGUGGUAGGUGCGGCUAGCCUGCUGUUCAAUACUCUAAUACUGAUCUGGAGAGGAGGCAGAGAAAUGGAUAUAGGACUUGGUGGGAUUAGCAAGGAGCUGACAGAGACACAGAGUGAGGCCUUCACCACAACAAAUGAUAAAGCAAAGAAUAGUCAGCUUGGAGGGGGCACUACCACAGUGGAGGAGAUGGGUCAUCAUGAUCAUUCAACUCUAGAAGGUUCUCUUUAUGGUGGUGCACUGAUGUUCUGUAACCCUGGAGCACCCAGUGUGCUGGAUCCAGGCCAGUGCUCCAAAGAAUGCUGUUCUUCCGUCUCAAGUUCUGAAACCCCAACAGCUCCCACCACUCACUCCUACCCACAGUCCAACCAUGCAGAGAACUCCAUCUCCCAUCAUUCCAAUGAUUACCAACAACCUCAACAGACACCUCAGCUGACAGACCCACUGAAUGAGGUGGACAGCUACAAUGCCUGUGUCGUCCACACUGAGCGUUCGUCGCUGGUACCAACAGUUCCAAGAAAAAGGCAGAAGCGAGGCUGUAUGAACAGCAUCAUCGCUGUGAUACACAGCCUGCUGGGUUCCGUCCUGGUUCUUGCUAACGGCCUGGCCCUUCUUCUGUUUGGUGCUGACUGCCUGCAGCCUCACUGGGCUUGUCGUCUACUCCCUUAUCUGGACCCAGUCUUCUCCUUGGCGACCGUGCUGGUUCUGAUAGCCAGGGCCCUGCCAGAGCUCCGGCAACAUGCCUUAAUGCUGCUUCAGGCUCCCCCAGCACACGUGCAUGUGGAGGAGCUAACAGCCAGCAUCGGUCGUGUGCCGGGUGUGUUAGCGAUUCACGAGCUUCAUGUGUGGCAGCUAUCUGAGACGCGUCUCGUGGCGUCUGUCCAUGUUCACUGCCCAUCGGGAAUGGGAGCGCUAGAGUGUUCUGAACUCCUGGGGGCGGUCACAGAGGUCCUUAACCGUUUUGGUGUGAGUCGCUGCACUGUGCAGCCGGAGUUUGUCGCCAUUCACAGUAACGAUCCUCAGUCUCAGGCACGGUCAGCAGUGCCAGACACAGUGGACGCUGCAGUGCAGCCAUACUGCAGCCUACGUUGCGGGAAGGAGUGUGCUAGGAAAAUGUGCUGUGCACCUCCAGAAGUGCAUCCCUGCCCUACAGCGCCCUCUGCUGUGGACAUGGAUGUGAGGCAUCAGGACGUUGUCAUUGAGAACACAUACCUAUAAUGGCGAUAAAGAAAUGUCACUAAACGUCAGUGGAA